AUGAUGACAAUCCCUCGACUCGAGCUGUGGGCUGCAACACUAGCAGCUAAACUAGAUGUCAUGCUGAGGCGUGAGUUGGAUCUGCCCAUAAGUGAUUCAAUGUUCUGGACAGACAGCACUAUUGUGCUUCAGUACAUAAGAAAUGAAGAUGGAAGAUUUCAUACCUUUGUGGCUAACAGGGUAGCCAAAAUCCACAAUGUAACCGAACCAGCUCAGUGGCACCAUGUAGACACAAGUUCAAACCCAGCCGAUGAACUAUCAAGAGGAAUGACAGCCAGUGAGCUAAAGAAAAGUUCAAGAUGGCCGGAAGGGCCAAAGUUCAUCUUGAUGGCUGAAGAAGAUUGGCCUAAAGAACCAAAAGUAAUGGAGCCCCUGAAACAAAGUGAUCCAGAGCUGAAGAAACCGAAGGAGAUUGCACAGACAUAUGCUGUAGAGUUGGAAGAAAAUAGUGCCACAGCGAAGCUGAUCAAGCAUUAUUCAUCAUGGCAUAAGCUAAAGAAAGCUGUAUCAUGGGUUUUGCGUGUGAGGAGCUAUCUUCAGAACAAAGACCAGUAUAAGGAAAACGACAUAAAGAAACCUCUAACAGUAGACGAACUCGACAAAGCAGAACAAGCAGUAGUAAGAUAUGUGCCAGGGCAAUCCUACCCAGAUGAGUACAAAGCACUGCAAGUCACAGUCAACACAGUAAAGAAAUCAAGCCCUCUCCAUCGACUAGACCCCAAAAUCAAUGAAAAUGGACUAAUAUGUGUUGGGAGUCGACUGAGGAAUUCUACAAUGCAGGCCCAACUGAAGCAUCCUCAGGUGUUGCGAAAUUGUUUCGUUUGCAAGCGUCUGUCUGCUUCUCCUAACAUACAGAAAAUGGCUGAUCUACCAAAGGACAGGGUGACCCCUGAAAAGCCGCCGUUCAGUCACGUGGGAGUGGAUUGUUUUGGCCCAUUUUUGGUCAAGCAAGGCCGAAGUCAAGUCAAAAGAUACGGGUGUAUCUUCACCUGCUUAGUGUUGAGAGCAGUUCACAUUGAAGUGAUCCAUUCGCUGGAGACCGACUCCUUCAUUAACGCUCUGCAGAGAUUUAUCGCAAGACGAGGACAACCAGAACUUAUCAGAAGUGACAACGGCACAAAUUUUGUUGGUGCUGAGCGCGAGCUGAGGGAAGGAAUCAACUGUUGGAACAAACAGAAGGUUGAGGAAUAUCUACUGCAGAAAGGGAUUAGCUGGAAAUUCAAUCCACCGGCAGCAUCACACAUGGGAGGAUCAUGGGAGAGACAGAUAAGAACAACAAGAAAGAUUUUGAACACAGUUUUGAAACAACAAGUGCUCUAUGAUGAAAGUCUUUCAACUAUGAUGUGUAUGGUUGAAUCUGUGAUCAACGGUCGUCCACUUACUGUAGUUUCAGAUGAUGUGAGGGAUCCAGAACCCUUGACUCCAAAUCAUCUUCUUCUGUUGCGUACGAGCAAUGCUUUCCCCGCGGACGUGUUUGACAAGUGUGAUCUAUAUAGUCGUAAACGAUGGAGACAAGUCCAAUAUUUGGCUGACCUAUUUUUGCGCAGAUGGAUCAGGGAAUAUCUACCAACCCUGCAGCAACGUCGAAAGUGGAAUGAGCCAACAAGGAACAUCAGAGCAGGAGAUAUCGUGUUGAUUGUUGGAGACCUCCCCAGGAACCAGUGGACCAUGGGAAGAGUCGUGGAAACCUAUCCGGGUGAUGACAACUUAGUCAGGACUGCUAAGGUGAAGACUAAAUCAUCAACACUUGUUAGACCAAUUCACAAGUUAUGUCUGCUGGAGUCAGUGGAAGGUCUAGAGAGCACCAAAUAG